CUUCGAUAUUCGCAAGUGUUCAACUUAACGAUCUAAAUACUUGCAGAUAUGACGUAAUAGAUUGACUUGCCUUUGGACACUAAAGAUUUUAUUUUAAUAUAUGAGAGAUCUAUCCCCGGCCAUCCUAAUUCUUAAGGGGUGGACUAUUCGUGGAUAUGAUGAAAAGAGCUACGCAAACUAAGCAAUUUGCUGAACUGGAUCAUGCUUUAAGAACGAAGGUAGAACCAUUUUUGUACAAUAAGGGAAAAGGCAAAUGGAUACCAAUUGAGAAAUUAGUGUUACUUAGGAAUAAAGAUCGGCCGAGAUAUAAAAUGUUGCCUCAAUUAAAAGCUAUGGAGAAUCCAGCAGAUUAUGAUAUAAAUAAAGAUUUGAAUGACGAAGACGUGGACGAAACUAAGAUAGAUAAAAGCAAGCACAGAUUGGUAUGUUGGAGUCUGAGCGAAAGAGGUGCCGUCGGUGAAACUAUUUUACAUUUGUGUAUGUUACACGCAACAGCCAUUCACGCGGACUUGGCAAAAAGAUUGUUACGCUUUUAUCCAAAUCUAAUAAAUGACAUUUACAUAAGCGAUGAAUAUUACGGAGAAAAUGUAUUACACAUAGCAAUUGUUAAUGAAGAUCCAGCCAUGGUAAAAUACCUUCUAGAUAGUGGAGCUGAUGUACACGAACGUUGCUUCGGUAGUUUCAUGUCUCCUGAAGAUCAAAAAGCUUCGAGAUAUGAUAGUUUAGAACAUGAAUGGGUUUCCGUUGCACCAGAAACAAAUUAUAGCGGAUACGUUUAUUGGGGAGAGUAUCCUCUCAAUUUUGCAGCAUGUUUAGGUCAAGAGGAAUGCUAUAGGCUCAUAUUAGCCAGAGGUGCUGAUCCUGAUAAACAAGACACAAAUGGAAAUACUGUAUUGCAUAUGCUCGUCAUUUAUGAAAAAAUGACAACUUUUGACAUGGCUUAUGAAGUAGGUGCAUCAUUGUCUAUUAAAAACGUUCAACAUUUAACGCCGUUAACAUUGUCAGCGAAAUUGGGGAGAGUCGAGAUGUUUUUUCACAUUUUAAACAUCGAGAGAGAAAUUUAUUGGCAAAUUGGAAAUAUAACAUGUGUGGCUUAUCCUUUAUCGCAAAUCGAUACGAUAGACUUACAUACAGGACAAAUAAGUCAUAAUUCUGCAUUAAAUCUAAUUGUUUUCGGCGACAAAGACGAACAUCUUGAAUUGUUGGAUGGCACUCUAGUUGAUCUUUUAAACGCCAAAUGGAAUACAUUCGUAAAAGAUCGAUUUUAUCAACAAUUUUAUUUAUUCUGCCUCUACUUCAUUCUAUCUCUAAUAAGUUUCACAUUACGUCCUGGACCAUUAUCAACGUUGAAAAGUCCUGUUACAACAACGACUGUUACAACUACCGAUCCAACUUUGAAUAUUUCGUACUUAAUGACGAUGGACACGACACAAAUUUUAAAAUCAUUGCAAAUUAGUAAUAUCUCUGAGUCGAUCGUUAAAAAUCUAACAACGAGCUUAAUAUCGGAGAAAAGAUUUAUGAAAAAUUCGGACAACGUUCUCGAUAAGAUUUCCUUACAAUUAAUUUCAAAUAUGACAUCGUUAUUAAAGGAUACUUUAUUACCAAUUUUAUCAUCGAUGAUAGAAGAAAAUGAUACAUUAAAUCAAUUCGAUCCAAAUUUUACUAAUCCUACGAAUCGUACUUUGUACAAUAAAAUUCAUCAAAAUAUUACCACGACUAGUCGUGGCAUUUAUACGAUCGAUAAUUUACUUAAAUUUAAUUCAACGAUAAGAGGAAGUGAUAUCAAUGGUUUUACCAAAAUCAAAGGCAAAAAGAAUUGGUGGCAAACACUUACAGAGGAAUGCAGAUUAAUGCACUUAAAUUCUAUAUCAGCAAAAAUUCGUUUAAUAGCCGAAUUUUUCAUGGAGAUUGGUGCUAUCCUUUAUAUCAUCACUGCGUUAAAGGAAGCAAGAUUUUUAGGAUUGAACAUGUUCAUCGAGAAUCUCAUGACAGCACCAUCACGAGUAAUGUUUUUGUUCUCCUGUUGUCUCUUACUUUCAUUUCCAAUACUCAGAUUAGCUUGUGCCGACGAAAUCGAAGACAUGCUUGCUGUCGUUGUUAUGUUAACGACAGCACCUUAUUUUUUAUUCUUUUGUAGAGGCUUCAAAACUGUUGGUCCAUUCGUCGUUAUGAUUUACAGAAUGAUCAUGGGUGAUCUACUUAGAUUUGUUGCUAUCUAUUUGGUAUUCGUCAUGGGAUUUUCUCAAGCUUAUUACAUCAUAUUCUUAUCCUUUGACAAUCCUAAUACGCCGGACGGCGUCGACGAUUCAACGUCUAAUCCAAUGCCAUCUCCAAUGGAGAGUGUCAUGGCAAUGUUUCUUAUGAGCAUGACGAAUUUCGGUGAUUACUAUGGAGCAUUCGAAAGAACUAAACAUGAAAUAGAGGCCAAGCUUCUUUUCGUACUUUAUAUGGCAAUCGUUGCAAUUUUACUUGUUAACAUGUUAAUCGCCAUGAUGGGAAAUACUUAUCAAAAAAUAGCUGAGACAAGAAACGAAUGGCAAAGACAGUGGGCGCGAAUCGUUUUGGUAGUCGAAAGAGGAGUGCAUCCUAAGGAAAGACAUAAAAAAUUAAUGGACUAUUCACAAUUGAUGUCCGGUAAGGAAAGAGCAUUAGUAUUGCGUUUAAAUCAAAAGGAGGAAGAUAAAGAAGAAAUGAAAGAAAUCCUUGAAAUGAAAAGAAUGCAUGAGAAAUUCUAUAAAAGGAGAAAAAACAACAUGUUGAAAGAAAAAAAUUUGAUGCCUGAUACAGAUAUUACCAUUAUUAAAGAUUCUUUGUAAUAAUUCCUAAUAAUAUUAUAUAUUCAAGACUUUUAUUAUUAUAAUGCUAAUAAAAAAUAAUACCUUUGCAUUGUAUUCUAUUUCAAAAUACAUAUACUUCAUUCUUGAAUUGUAUUGAUAUUAUCACAAUAAAGAAAUGUUCUUGU